UUUACAUAAUGAAGAAUCUUAACACUGCCGUCAAUGGAAGACAGCCAAAUAUCUACGGUUGGAAAUAGCGUGUUACAAACAGGACAAAUGCAUUGUCUGCUGUUAAUGAUAUGAAGACGAGGCAACCACAUUGCUGUUUGUUGCGGCUGGUAUGAAACAAGAACCUUAACGGUUCAUUGUUGCGAUUAUUGUUUUUUGAGGGAUGUUGCCUACAUAUUCACAGCUGACUGAUAUUAUUCUUGACCGACCCCUUUUAAAGCGAAUAUUUCUAAACCAUGUCAUUUCAUCAUGUCUUUCAACAAGUUUGCUGUUGUUUUUAGUAAUGAUUAUGAACUCGUCAACUCCUAGACUCACCUGGGGAGGUACUCUUGCUCUCAUGACUUUAUUCUUCUUGAAUUUAUCAAUUGAGUGUGCACAUCAGAUUCUCUUUUGGAUGAGUUUAAACAGAGAUUUUUUACUGGUGUUACAUGAUACAGUGUUGUGAGUUGUUUAUUGUGCUUUCAAGCAACACUGCUUGUCCAGCAUCAUACUUGAUAUACAACUUUCAGAAGAUUCAUAAUAUGUCACACUUACCCAUGUUCCGUAGUCUGUCGUCUGUUGAUGAACUUGCUAAGGCGACAACAGUUUUAGAAGGCUCUGAUGAAUAUCCUGUUGAUGCCAUUAUUCUCUGUCUUUGGAACAAUAUCCUUGGUCCUCAUAUUGAACAUGUAUGGAUGACAGAGGGCCGCAGGCAUUUUGAUUAUGAUUGUAUCAAGUUUGUCUGUAAGCAUACAAUAAGUUCAAGUGAUGAAUAUUCAUCAGCUGUUCACACCAAGUUCCUUGUCCUUUCUGAAAGAGCCAUACUGAUUACAUCCUCUAUUUUUACUGCUGAAAUUCAAAGUGGAAAUACAGUGUAUGCUCUUUCACUGGUUUUCCCACACUCGAAUUUACAGUGGUACCUUCCAUUACAUGAAUUCUGUGUGAUUCAAAUGGAUAUACUUGUCACUAAGCUGAGAGUACUUCUAAAAAAGAACCAUAAUGAUGCAGCAAGUAAAUUUCAAGUUCAUUUAUGUAAGUAUUUAGCAGCUUUGAAGUCAUUAAAGUUGGCACAGCUUCCAGCAAAACUAGAUAUAAAGGACACAGUUUUCUCUUCAGGGCAAGAAAAACAAAUAGAUGCAGACUUGCUGGAACGAGCACUUAUAUCUCAUCUUCAAACCUGUGGCUGUACAAUAGUUGUUGGUAACACAGUAGAUGAAGUGAAUCUUAUGUUGAAAACAUUGGCUAUGUUUCUGCCUCAACGUGAUAGACACUGUUGUCGACUGGCCAUUGAUAGCAACCUGUAUCCAUAUCACCCUGAUAUACUUUUACAAGGUUUCAUAAGUAACCAAGAUUGCCAAUUCAGUAUCUCAACAUUUAUGAAAGAAAUGAUGAUAUGCCGAUAUCCUACAACCUUAGUUAACCUUUGUGCCUUAGAAGUUAGGCAAAUGCCUCAGUGUCAUGAACAUUCAAGAAGGAGACAUGAUGUCCUGCAGCAUGAAGUGAGCAAUUUGUGGGAUGAGAGACCCAACACCUGGUUUCCUAUUUUGUAAGUACAUUUAUACCCUUUUACACAGAAAUUAUACAUUUUAGGCU